GAAGACUCCACCCGGACCCGGCCGAGCCUUUCCCCCCGUCGAUUCUUCAUCUCUUUUUGUCGCCGCCAUGGCGUCCAGUCUCACCUGCACAGGUGCGAUCUGGGCCCUGCUGUCCAUGCUGUGCGCGGGGGCCUCCUGCGUGGGCUUCUUCAUGCCCUACUGGCUGCUGGGCACGCAGAUGGACAAGCCCGUGUCCUUCGGCACCUUCCGCCGCUGCUCGUACCCGGUGCGCGACGAGGAGCGGCAGGCCACGGUCAUGCUGGAGCAGUGCGGACGCUACGCGUCCUUCCAGGGCAUCCCCAGCCUGGAGUGGAGGAUCUGCACGGUGGUGACGGGCGUGGGCUGCGGCCUGCUGCUCCUGGUGGCGCUCACCGCCCUGAUGGGAUGCUGUGUGUCCGACCUCAUCUCCCGCACCAUCGGACGCGUGGCCGGCGGGAUACAGUUCGUAGGCGGGCUGCUGAUCGGCUCGGGUUGUGCCCUCUACCCCCUGGGCUGGGACAGUGAGGAGGUUCGACAGACCUGCAACAACAGCUCGGACCAGUUCCAACUGGGGUCGUGUCAGAUCGGCUGGGCGUACUACUGCACCGGGGCUGGGGCGGCCGUGGCCAUGCUGCUCUGCACCUGGCUGGCCUGCUUCGCCGGGAAGAAGCAGAAGCAGUACCCGUACUAGAGAGGCGGUCCCGGGUCCAGAACGACGGACCCAAACGCUUCCAGAUUGGAGAGAGAGAGAGAGAGAGAGAGAGCGAGAGAGAUCUCGGCUUCCUAGGACCCCGUAACAGAACCGUAUAGCACAGCGAGGCCCCCCCCCCCGCAGCACAGAACCCACCGGAACCCCAGGCGCCAUGGCAACACCGUUACCCCUGGCAACAGCCGGGACAACCCCUGGAUACGGUUCCCUUGACAACCCUGGAACUCUUUCACAGUGUAGCCCAAGUUAACGGUAAUACUCUGCAUCCCUGAAAACCACUUGGACAACCCCUUAUCACCGUUUCUGGGGGAACAGCGGGACUGUGUCACGGUGCAGUGUACUGUAAAUACACUCAGUUACCCUGGCAACUACUGGGACCACCCCUUGAUAACGUAUCCCUGGCAACCCCAGGGACUGUUUAACAGCGUAUCAUAAAUACACAAUCCACAUCUUUUCCCUGGCUGUACCCUGACACCGUUCCCGUGACAACCCCAUGGUACCGUUUCAUAGUGUAGCGUAAAUACACUAGCUUUACAAAACAGGUACGACUCCUGAGGUUUCUUUUUCUAAAGAAAAACAGAAUAAAAUAGACGGACCAAUCCUCUUUGUAUAAUGGCUAUGUAACUCUUUCUGUUUUUUCGAAGAGGGAAUGAUCUUUUAGUGUCGGAGCUGUUGUGGAUGUCGUGAUGUUGUACCCGCCCUGUGACAAAGCGAGUGCCUGCGUGGCUUCAGAGUCUAUGUGUUUCUGCAUUCUCCCCAUCGGCUCAGCUUUGCCUUAACUACAGACUGAAAAACGCAAUAAAUCUCACUGAUAAUCCACCCAGCACACAGCCUGCAUCUUAAACAAAGCCAUUUGGGAUUAUAUACAAAAAAACUGAUUAUAGUUUUAUUUAACUUUACGUUUACUCUCAAGAUGUGAGUUGUGUCUGAUAUUGUAUUUUAUCCUAUUAGCACAUGUUUUGUAUUCACACACUAUACUUUGACAUUGUUUUUUUGUUUUUGUAAAUAAAUGUUUAUGGGAAUACUGUCUUGCAGAGUUGUUCUUUCAGUGGGAAUGCAAAGGAGCUCUGGGACCGACAUUCCUUCGAAGGGAUCGUUCCCGUGACCUCUUGACCCCAGGGUGGGGUGGUGUGUACAUGCAGGAGCUCCUCCUUCUCCUCCAAUAUCUUCUCAAUGCCUAUGGUCACGUUGAUAUGUGUGUUACAUUGUCACUACGCAUUAUGGAACCAUUACAUAUUGAUUUAUGUGGGUUUGAUAUCAGUUUAGGCUACACAUUUUGUCAUAGGGGAUAGCAUAUCCCUCCUUCCUAGUACUCUCAGUACCCCAUGCACACCUUGAUCAUUAUAAAACCACGUUUUAUAAUUGUCACAGUUUUCGAAUGAGAGAUGAAAGCUGUCUUUUAAAAUGUACUAAUUCCACUGUCAGGCAAUACAUGCUGCAACUGGGUUCAAUUGUAGCCAAUAUGCGUUCAAAAUAUAAUUAGAAAAUUAGAGAACUGACCGUUGACAGAUAUAGAGAGACCGACGGAUGGAUGAAUACUUUAUAUAUUCUGUAUCCAGAGGCUUCGGUCCUAUCUAAUGAAAAAGCUUAUUUUCAGUAAAUGAUUAUGGUUAACUGCCAAAAGGUGCAGGAAAUGAAGCACACAUACACAUGAUUUAUUAAUUAAAGAACUGCAUGUAAUGGGUGAAAGUAUCCACCACUAUUGGUUCUACUGCUUACCAGUGAUUCAUGGAAACCACUUGACUGACCAGCACUCAUCAACAGAACAUCAGAUGAAGAGUCUGAUGCUCUACCAUCUGAACUAUCCAGGCGCUGGCAUGACUUAAAAUAAAAGAUUGUUAAACACAGAUCAUACUAUAUUACAGUGAGAUUGAACUUAAUACAUUUUCAUUAUUGUCAUGGGGAUAAGUUCAACUGUAGUAUCAACAAUGAAAGAAAAAAUUCACAAGAGUAGUGACUGAAGUUCCCCGCCCUAAAGG